GCCGCCUCCCGCUCAGUUGGAAUUUCACAACCGACACGUGAACAUCGUGAUCGCGCUACCGGCGAUAAUACUACGACUGAACGAGACGAACGAAAAGCGAACGAAUACAAAAACGAUAAAAACAUGUCGAAAGCACCAGCAGUUGGAAUCGAUUUGGGCACCACGUAUUCGUGCGUUGGUGUCUUCCAGCAUGGAAAAGUUGAGAUCAUUGCCAACGAUCAAGGAAACCGAACGACACCGAGUUAUGUGGCCUUCACGGACACCGAAAGACUCAUCGGUGACGCGGCCAAAAACCAGGUCGCGAUGAAUCCGAACAACACCAUUUUUGAUGCGAAGAGGUUGAUCGGUCGUCGUUUCGAUGAUCCAACGGUUCAUCAGGACAUGAAGUAUUGGCCGUUCACGGUGGUGAACGACGAUGGUAAGCCGAAGAUUAAGGUUAUGUAUAAAGACGAGACGAAGACAUUCUUCCCGGAGGAAGUGUCCUCGAUGGUGCUGACGAAGAUGAAGGAAACCGCGGAGGCGUAUUUAGGAAAGACAGUGGUCGACGCUGUCAUUACUGUACCGGCGUAUUUUAACGAUUCACAAAGACAAGCAACGAAAGACGCCGGCGUGAUAGCAGGCCUGAACGUAUUGAGGAUCAUAAACGAACCGACAGCGGCUGCGAUCGCCUACGGUUUGGACACAAAGACUGCCGCCGAGAAGAACGUGCUGAUCUUCGAUCUCGGCGGUGGCACAUUCGACGUGUCCAUUCUGACGAUCGAAGACGGUAUCUUCGAAGUGAAAUCGACGGCCGGCGACACUCAUCUAGGUGGCGAGGACUUCGACAAUCGUAUGGUGAAUCAUUUCGUGCAGGAGUUCAAGAGGAAAUACAAGAAAGACAUGAGCGACAACAAGAGAGCCCUGAGACGGCUGAGAACAGCCUGCGAGAGAGCAAAGAGAACAUUGAGUUCUUCGACGCAAGCCAGCAUAGAAAUCGACUCUCUGUACGAAGGAAUUGACUUCUACACCUCCAUCACGAGGGCCAGAUUCGAGGAGCUAUGCGCUGACCUGUUCAGAAGCACCUUGGAGCCGGUCGAGAAGGCCCUUAGGGACGCCAAGAUGGACAAGGGGCAAGUUCACAGUAUCGUUCUAGUCGGUGGAUCCACCAGAAUACCAAAAAUACAGAAGUUACUUCAAGAUUUUUUCAACGGUAAAGAGUUGAACAAAUCCAUCAAUCCCGACGAGGCUGUUCAGGAUUUGUUGCUGUUAGACGUCACGCCUCUAUCGCUUGGUAUCGAGACUGCCGGCGGCGUGAUGACCACGCUGAUAAAGAGGAACACCACGAUACCGACCAAACAGACGCAAACAUUCACCACGUAUUCGGACAAUCAACCGGGUGUCCUUAUUCAAGUAUACGAAGGAGAAAGAGCGAUGACCAAGGACAACAACAGCCUUGGCAGGUUCGAGCUGAUCGGUAUACCGCCUGCGCCUAGGGGUGUACCUCAGAUCGAAGUCACGUUCGACAUCGACGCUAACGGUAUCCUGAACGUUUCCGCGAUCGAGAAGACGACCGGAAAGGAGAACAAGAUCACUAUCACGAACGAUAAAGGUCGAUUAUCGAAGGACGAUAUCGAGAGGAUGGUGAACGAGGCGGACAAGUAUCGUAACGAGGACGAGGUACAACGCGAGAGAAUCGCCGCGAAGAACGCUCUCGAGUCGUACUGCUUCAACAUGAAGAGCACCAUGGAGGACGAGAAGAUCAAGGACAAGAUCGACUCGUCGGACAAACAGAAGGUGCUCGACAAGUGUAACGAGGUGGUCUCCUGGUUGGAUGCGAAUCAGUUGGCGGACAAGGAGGAGUUCGUUGAUAAACAGAAGGAGCUGGAAUCCAUUUGCAAUCCUAUCGUGACCAAACUAUACCAAGGUGGUGUACCUGGCGCAGGAGGUUUCCCUGGUGGGGCACCAGGUGGUGGCACUACCACUGGCGGCAGCGCUGGACCAACCAUCGAAGAAGUAGAUUAAGACUCAUCCCACAAAGCACACUGAUUGUUAUUCCUUCAUGUUCCAUUUAUUUAUUAAUGUAUCGCCA